CUUUUUUCUGCCCGCGCAGCGAGGCAAUGGACCGUCAACCAUCAUCAGCCAAAUUUCUAUCGACUUAUCGCAACACACGACGAGCGCGUCGUACGAUCUCGCCUCUCUACCGAUAAACUCCAUUUUCUAGAAGCGAGCAGAAGGCGUUCCCACGCACCGGCGUCAUGGGUGUGGCGAAGAAGACGAGAAAAUUCGGACAGGUGAAGCGGUUAAUCGGCCAGCGCGAUGCCCGACUAAAGGCGAACAAGGAGAAGGCGGAGCUCGAGGCCAAGAACAAGGCCAAGAAGAUGGCAGACGGCGAGCUCGUGCGUGAUGCGCCGCAGAUGCCGAGCAACAUGUUCUUCCAGCACAACACGGCGCUCGUGCCGCCGUACAACGUCCUCGUCGACACGAAUUUCCUCUCGCACACGGUGCAGCGUAAGCUGUCGCUGCUCGAGUCCAUGAUGGACUGCCUGUACGCCAAGUGCAACCCCAUCAUCACAUCGUGCGUCAUGGCCGAGUUGGAGAAGCUGGGGCCAAAGUACCGCCUCGCGCUGCGGGUGGCCAGGGACGAGCGGUGGCAGCGGCUUCAGUGCGACCACAAGGGCGUCUACGCCGACGACUGUCUCGUGGACCGCGUCAGCAAGAACAGGAUAUACAUCGUGGGGACCAACGACAAGGCGCUCAAGCAGCGGUUACGCAAGAUCCCCGGCGUGCCGCUCAUGAGCGUCGCGCGAGGGAAAUACGUGAUUGAGCGGUUGCCGGGGGCCCCGGACUCAUAGAAUUCUGUAUUGAUAGAAAUCAGCGACUCAUUUUUUGUGACGGCAUCGAUGGGUAUGGUGCUGCGGCUUUGUGAAGGGUGGGUGUGCUGCUUAUGCUUCGCCAUGGCACUGGAGCUUAGCGCCUAUCACCGAUGCUCACUGGCCUCGAUGGAGCAAGGUGCGGCGGGCGGCUGAAGCCACGACACAUAAGCGUAAGUAGGCAAGCUACAAUAGGAACGUCCACUGCUUGUCUUGAAUCUAAUUUUUGCG